AUGGGCGGCUACCACAAAGGAGGAAAAGGUGGUUCUGGUUAUGGCAAUGCCAAGGGUGGAGGCGGUGGUGGAGGUUGGCAAGACAAUGCAGGCAAAAAAGGCGGCGGAGGAGGCAAAGGGAAAGGCAAAGGAAAGCCUGACACGGACUAUUUGCCCCCGCAGCAUGCCAGCCCGGCGCUGGAACCUGGGCAGCCAAAGAGCGUGCCACUGUACCCCGCAGGCGAGGCAUCCGCCGCCCCGAAAGCGCCGAGUUUCAGCGAACUGCCAGCAUGGACGGCCGCGCAGGCAGUCCGAGACGCCUUGAGGCGUUCACAGGUCAUCUGUAUCCAGGGGGAGACAGGCUGUGGCAAGUCAUCUGUGAUGCCAAUGGUCUUCUUAGAAGAUCCAAAGGGCAAGAUUGCAGUCACGCAGCCACGGCGGAUUGCCGCGAUCUCCUUGGCACAGCGUGUUGCAUCCCAGUGCCAUGAGGCGGUCGGCGAAACAGUUGGCUACCGAGUGGCCAUGGACGGAAAGGUGUCGGGGUCUACACGACUGUCGUUUGUCACCACAGGGUGGCUGCUAAUGUACCUGGCACAUCGCCCAGAGGCCUUGCGCCACUACACGCACAUCGUUUUGGAUGAGAUCCAUGAAAGAGAUUUGGACAUGGAUCUGUUAUGCCUUCUCUUGAAGCGAAGCCUUGAGAAGAACCCAUCGCUGCGCCUCGUCCUCAUGAGCGCAACGGUGGAUGCCACUCAGUUCUUGGACUUCUUUGCCGGUCCAGGUGUCCGUGUGGAGCGCCAGCCCAUCGUGGUGGGCUCGCGCCGUUUUCCCACGUACCCUUACUUUUUGGAUGACCUGGUGAAUGGAGCGCUCCCUGGCUUUGUCCCUCGGGUCCGUAUGGACAGGUUUGACAAGAUUGGAGGCCGUGUUGAGGUGAAUUCGCAGCUGUUCGAGGUUUGUGUCGGCAUUGUCCAGGCAGUCGCCAAGCCAGGGCUCUGUGUAUUGAUCUUCUUGCCUGGCCUCUCUGAGAUCGAGCAGCUGCACGAGGCCUUCACUGGUGGCCCCCGGCGUGACCAGUGCCCUCUUGAUUUUCACAUGCUGCACUCCGUUGUGCCCCACGAGCAGCAAAAGAAAGCGCUGCUGCCGCCGCCGGCCGGCCAUUGCAAAGUGGUGCUCUCCACAAACAUUGCAGAGUCCUCAAUUACGAUCCCAGAUGUGAGAUAUGUCUUGGAUUUCGGCAUUGUUCGAAAAAUGGUUUUCGACGAAGAGAGGGCCAUGCAGAGUCUGUGUAACACCUGGAGCUCACAGGCGACCUGCCGACAACGCCGUGGACGCUGCGGCCGCUUGCAGGAAGGAGUCAUCGUGUACCUCUUCCCGCGCAGCCAUUAUGACCGGCUGCAGCCAUAUGCUUCCCCCGAGGUGCUCGGAGUCCCCCUCGAGUCCAUCUACCUGAAGAGCCGUGUGCUUCUGCAUCAUCUGGGCAGCCCUGAGGACUUGCUGCAGCAGCUGAUCGACUCCCCGCCGCAGCAGCGGAUCGCUGCAGCAGCGCAGAACCUUCGGGACCUUGGCGCCCUGAAAGGUGAUGGCGAGGUUGCGUCUCUGGGCCGCAUUGCAGUCUUCAUGCCGACCACGAUCCAGCUCACCAAGCUGGUGGUCCUUUCCUGGGCUCUGGGAAUCCCGGGAGAUGGAGUUGUGAUCGCCGCUGCGCUGAGCACACAGGACGUGUUCAAAAUGGCAGCACCAGCCAACUGCCGGAACCUUGAGGACUUUCCCGCUCACCUCGCACACAACUACAUCACGCGGGCCCGCUUUGAUGACGGCCAGUUCUCCGAGCCGAUCAUGUAUCGCAACCUGUACAAGGAGUACCUCACUGUUUCAAAGACCCAGGCGAGGGCCUAUCACAAUUGGUUGGAUCAAAGCUGCGUGUCUGUGAGCCGAAUGAGCCAGUUUGCGGCCCUGGUGGUGGAGCUCGCUGCCAAGCUGGGUGCCGCUGUGCCCAGUGCCAAGGCUCAUCCGGCCCUUCAGACACUUUCCAGAAUCAAAAGAUCACAGCAGUUGAAGCCCGAAGAGGUUGAGGGCCUCUUCACGAAGGACUACGUGCGCUUGAAGUUCGCCCUCGUCGGAGCAUUUCAGCCGUCCUUUGUGCAAGGUGAGAUCAACACCCAGAACAAGAACAAGGGUAAGAUCAACAAUUGUGGCUUUGACCCCAUGAGGACGUGCCUGCUGCAGCAGAUCAAGCCUGCUGAGAUGGCGGAUGUGAACAACCUCUGGGAGUUUUGCAGCAGCCUUGCGCCAACGAAGGAUGUCAAGCUGAAUGACACCGGCAAGAUUGCCUUCAUCGAGUGCGACGAUGACUGGAAAGUGCGUGUUCCUGCCAGCGAAGUUGUUCAUCAGAUGCCUUUGGUCGCGCAGCUCCUUCAUCAGUUGAUGCGGCAGCCCUGUAAGUUCAAGGUGCUGUCUGACCAAGGCAUUUGGCACGAAUCUUCGAAGAUUGGUUCUCCGAAUUUUCUGAACGGCAUGAAGUGGCAUGUCAACGGCAUGCGGACGAUGGGCUCUCCCUAUUGGCGCUCAAACAUGGGCUACAUGUGCGAGAUGCGCGGCGACCUGAAAUGUCACUGGGGUGUCUGCUCCUCCUUGCUUGGGCGAGAAGGUCCGGAUCAGGUCCGAAUCACCGGGCUCACCAUCCUGCCGCCCCCGGGCAGCAUGUCGGGUACCGUUAUGAUCCUGGCUUUCUUGAACGGUCCUUUCAAGGUAACUUUCCUCGGCGAUCCUGAAGGGUUCCAUGGGGUGCAGGUCGUGGCUUCGGAUCAAGCAGAAGCCCGGCCGAUGGUCUUGUCUUUUGCUCCCGGGUGGUGGGGCCCCCCGGACAUGAAUCUGCUCAACGACUUUCGGAUGGCGAUGGACGAGCUGCUGGCAUCGCCUGAGCAGGACACUGCUGACAUCGCCAGCCAAGCCUACGAAGACCUUAUGCUUGCUGUGGAGCAGCAGAAGAAGCGCUGGGGUGGUACCAAGGAUGCCAAUGGCUUCUUUCCGGAUGCGGACUAUGACAUCCGCAGCAGAGAAAAACAACAGACUCAGGCGCGGCUCGUGACCCCACCCUGUGGCUGCUUGGAGCUCUAUGAGGUCGGAAGCCAACAUGCACAUCCACACCAGCAUGCAAGGCCCAGUGGCUUUGCAAUGGAGUCCCAAGGAGAACAGGCCACGUUUCGUGCCUCACCCGCGUGGCUGCGUUCGCUGUCAGCUCUGGCAAGGCACGACCUCGAGGGGGACCUGGAAAUUCUGGCUGCCAAGUUCGGCCUAUCAGCGGCACGAUUGUCAGAAGUCAGGAAGCAUGGACUGCCAGCCGGGCUCGCUGUGGACAUUGCGGGUGCAGCUCCCGCGGUGGAGGCAGCCCGACGGGAGCUGGUCGAAGGUAUCUUGCAAUACUACGGCACUCAGGUUGAGUGGAGUGCGGCUGAGCUCCCAACAGAACCUGACGAGGAGCCGCCAGUGAGGGAGACACCGGCAAAGAGGCCCCUGGCCGAGGCAGAAGAGCCCGCGCAGGAGCCAGGGGAGGAGAAGGGUGGCGGUCUCUGGGGCGAUGCGCCGAUGGCCACAGAGGUUGCCUGGGACGCGCCAGUGGCUGCGGAGGAAGUCUCCUGGGGUGAAGCGCCAGGUAGGGAAGCCGUCCCGGGCCUGUUCCAGGCCCUGUGCAGCGUGGGCCUUGAAAGCGAGGCUCCGCAGAUUGUGCGCUGGGCGGAGGAGAACGGCGCCGUCUCUGUGCACGAGGUGGUGGAAAACGUGAACAUGCUUGUGGAAGAGCUCUACCUGGAGUGGGACAUCUUAGACAGGUUGAAGCGGCUCCGUUAG